GGUUCAGUAGAGAACCUGAGGCUGUGUGGACGGCAGGGAGAGGAAGGGCCUGGCCACUUUAAGACCUGCUGUUCCUGGGAGAACAGGCCUUCAGGAGAGGUCUGAGGAAUGCAGUUUCAGGUUUUGUCCUCGCAAUCCUACUCUGGCACCCUCCUCUAAGUUCCAGACGGGACAGGAAGUGUCCAGAGGCGGUGGAAGUGAUUGGCAGUUGGAGGCUCCAAUGGGCCAAGAGCCCCCGCUGCUUCACCUCUCUCCUUCCAUUGGCGCUGGGAGGAGCCGCCCCCCACUGCCGGAGCUCAGCACUGCAGGGAGUAGAGGCCGGGGCAGAGGGUGAGGGCGGAGGGCGCUAGCGGCGGCUGCCGCAGAAGAUGAGCAGCAGCCGCUCAGGGCUGACCAGGGUCCUGGUGGCCGUGGCUACAGCCCUGGUGUCUUCCUCCACCCCCUGCCCCCAAGCUUGGGGUCCUCCAGGGGUCCAGUAUGGGCAGCCUGGCAGGCCCGUGAUGCUGUGCUGCCCCGGAGUGAAUGCUGGGACUCCGGUGUCCUGGUUUCGGGAUGGGGACUCGAGGCUGCUCCAGGGACCUGACUCUGGACUAGGACACAGACUGGUCUUGGCCCAGGUGGACAGCCGUGACGAGGGCACUUACGUCUGUCGGACGCUGGAUGGUGUAUUUGGGGGCAUGGUGACCCUGAAGCUGGGCUCCCCCCCAGCUCGGCCGGAGGUCUCCUGCCAAGCAGUAGACUAUGAAAACUUUUCUUGUACUUGGAGUCCAGGCCGGGUCAGCGGUUUGCCCACCCGCUACCUUACUUCCUACAGGAAGAAGACCCUGCCAGGAGCUGAGAGUCAGAGGGAGAGUCCGUCUACCGGGCCUUGGCCAUGCCCACAAGACCCCCUGGAGGCUUCCCGAUGUGUGGUCCACGGGGCAGAGUUCUGGAGUGAAUACCGGAUCAAUGUGACUGAGGUGAACCCACUGGGCGCCAGCACGUGCCUACUGGAUGUGAGAUUACAGAGGAUCUUACGUCCUGAUCCACCCCAAGGGCUGCGGGUGGAAUCAGUACCUGGCUACCCGAGACGCCUGCAUGCCAGCUGGACAUACCCUGCCUCCUGGCGUCGCCAGCCCCACUUCCUGCUCAAGUUCCGGUUGCAAUACCGUCCAGCACAGCAUCCAGCCUGGUCCACGGUGGAGCCCAUUGGCUUGGAGGAGUUGAUAACAGAUGCCGUGGCUGGGCUGCCCCAUGCGGUACGAGUCAGCGCCAGGGACUUUCUGGAUGCUGGCACCUGGAGUGCUUGGAGCCCAGAGGCCUGGGGUACUCCUAGCACCGGUCCCCUGCGGGAUGAGGUACCUGAUGGGAGCCGGGGACACGAACAGAAGCUAGAGGCAGCAGCUCAGGAGGACAGCCCCGCUCCUCCAAGCCCUUCCUUGCAGCCAGACCCAAGGCCACUUGAUCACAGGGACCCCUUGGAGCAAGUGGCUGUGUUAGCAUCUCUGGGAAUCUUCUCUUUCCUUGGCCUGGCUGUUGGAGCCCUGGCUCUGGGGCUCUGGCUGAGGCUGAGGCGGAGUGGGAAGGACGGGCCUCAAAAGCCUGGCUUCUUGGCACCAAUGAUCCCAGGGGACAAGCUUCCAGGAAUCCCAAACCUGCAGAGGACCCCAGAGAACUUCAGCUGAUCUCAUCUGCAACCCUGUCAGACUGGGGUGGUUAAAUGGACAGGCAGGAGGAGGCAGGACAGCGGAUCCCUAUGGAUGGAGGUCUCAGUUCGAAGUCUGGAGCACUUUUCUUUGACACCUGAACUCCAAACUUGCUGCCAGCUGCUCACUCUCUGGACCUCUGAUGCCGUCCUUGAGGUGGAAGUCCGCCUGAGGAGCGUGUAUCGAAGUCUGUGUCCCUGUGACUGUGUGUGUGUGUGAUGGGGAGAGCACGUUCUCCGUAUGUGUGUGUAUAGAUGAUUGGAGAGUGUGUGUGUGGUCUUGGGCUUGGCUCUCCUGGGGAGCAUGGAGCGUGAAAUAAAGAGGCGGACGUUUUUGGA